CGUUUUUUUCAUAUCAUGUUUAACUAUGUAAUCAAGAUUUUCAACACUGAGCUAACAUUUUUUCUUCCUCAGCAUUUGGUCCAAUGGGAUGCUGGCAACCCAGACUGUUUGCUCCAGCUUGUCAAGGAACUUAUCCAGCAAUACCACCACUACCAGUGCCAGCGCCUCAGGGAAAGCUCCAGGCUUCUAUUUGAGUAUGACAGCCUGCUCGAGGAUCCUAACUAUGGGCGCAAUAUGGAGAUUUAUGCCGGACACAAGAACAGCUGGACAGGAGAGUUUUCAGCUCGCUUUCUACUCAAACUCCCCGUGGACUUCGGCGACAUCCCAGUCUAUCUACUCAAGGACACAGCUUUGGACCCUGGAGAGGAUGUGGCCCUUCUAUCAGUGAGUUUUGAGGAUGCAGAAGCUACACAGGUCUUCCCAAAACUUUACCUUUCCCCAAGUAUCGAACAUGCUCUUGGCGGCUCCUCUGCACUUCAUAUUCCAGCAUUCCCAAGUGGAGGAUGCUUAAUUGACUAUGUCCCACAAGUGUGCCAGUUGCUCACCAACAAGGUGCAGUAUGUCAUCCAAGGCUACCACAAGAGGCGGGAGUACAUUGCUGCAUUCCUUAGCCACUUUGGAAUGGGAGUGGUGGAGUAUGAUGCUGAGGGAUUUACAAAGCUUACCCUUCUACUCAUGUGGAAAGAUUUUUGCUUCCUAGUACACGUGGAUCUCCCGCUGUACUUUCCCAGAGACCAGCCCACCCUCACGUUUCAGUCCGUGUACCACUUCACCAGCAGCGGGCAGCUUUAUUCUCAGGUGCAAAAGGCGUAUCCGUACAGCCCACGCUGGGACGGCAAUGAGAUGGCCAAGAGGGCGAAGGCUUACUUCAAGACCUUCAUCCCUCAGUUCCAAGAAGGAGCAUUUGCCAAUGGGAAACUGUAGUGCCCUGCGGCUCCAGGACAUGCCUGUGGUUAUUGUGGAUGUGUUGGUACAUGCCAUAGCGUACUUGUGCAUGGGUACACACAGGCCAACAUGAUCCCUCCAGAAUUUACGAAGGAAUCAUAGAGAAUGUUAAACAGUAAAGUACAUUUGAACUGGACUAUUUUCCGACAAGUCUCACUGCACGGGUAAACUCUCACAGUAAUUCAGUCCAUAAAAAUGGUGAUGAAUCUAUAUUCAUCAAACAUCACACACUGUACUCACGCAACCCUCGAGCCUAGACUAACUACUGCUAAGCUAUAACCAGUACUUCCUGAGAGUAAAGGCAUUUGAUUUGAUUUACUAUAUUUUGUCUUAAUUUCAGUGGUAAGCCACAUAUUACAUUCCUCACAUCCAUCAAUAAAACACAAAUUAAAAAACUCAA